AUGGUCGUUUUGUUUGCGGUUCGUGAAUAUAAAUGUUAUUUUGAAGAAAUAUUGGACUUGCGGGUAAAUAAUCAUGGAAAAAAAUGGGAUGCAAACGAAGCAGAGCUCUUGCAGAUGCAGCCAAAAAUAGAUUCUAAUUCCAACAUAAAAGUUGUGACAUUAAAGGAUCUUCAAAAACGACGCCAGGAACUUCUUCUUAAAAGACAAAACAUUUUAAACAAAACACUUUCUCGAAAUUCAUCCACAAUUUUGGGUUCAUCUCAACCUAAAUUUCCAGCUUCACCUAUAUGCGUAUCUUCAGAUAUUGAUUAUGAUAUAGCUAAUUGUGAUACAUUAACGACUAUCUUUCAACCUAUUUGUCCCAGCAUUUCAGCCACUGUUUCACCGGAUGUUGCAGAAGAAACUGUCGGCUGUUCUAAUGACCCAGUCAUAACAUAUACUGAUGUUACCGAAGAAACUGUUAUGGAUUUCUCUCCUGAUAAUUCUAUCGCCGAUCCAGACUUUGUACCGCUAUCUGAUAUCACCAACGUAGAGCCUAUGGUAUCUGAUGAUUUUGAUUUGUUUCCGGAACAAAAU